CAGAAAACCAAGCUGCAGAUAUUAAAAUCAGAUCGCUGAGCAAACACAGGUGUUGUAGACGCCCAGAACAGCUUUUCUGUACUGUAAAAAAAACUGUGGAAGUCAAAGAGGGUUUCCCACAUAGCCUAAGAUGGCUGCCGAGUGCCCCCCGAGACCUGAGGUGACGGAGCUUCACAGGAGGGUCAAUCAGGUGACAGAUGAGUCACUUGAGAUCACCAGAAAUAUGAAGCUUCUCUUAGAGGAGAGCAAAGAUGCAGGAAUCAGGACAUUGGUCAUGCUAGAUGAACAAGGCGAGCAACUGGAGCGGAUUGAAGAGGGACUAGACCAGAUCAGUCAGGACAUGAGAGAAGCUGAGAAAAAUCUCACAGACCUUGGCAAAUGUUGUGGCCUGUGCUCAUGCGAUAAGCUGAAGAAAUUUGAAGCAAGUGAGGCUUAUAAGAAGGUGUGGGGUAAUAAUCAAGAUGGUGUGGUAUCUAAUCAGCCUUCAUCACGCAUUGUGGAUGAACGAGAAAAAAUGACAAUGAGUGGUGGAUACAUCCGAAGAGUAACAAAUGAUGCUCGGGAGGAUGAGAUGGAGGAGAACUUGUCCCAUGUGGGCAGCAUCCUUGGAAAUUUGAGAAGCAUGGCACUUGACAUGGGCAAUGAAAUUGAUACUCAGAACGUGCAGACUGAUCGCAUACAGUCUAAGGCUAUUGCCAAUGUUUCUCGCAUCAGUGAGGCCAAUCAGAGGGCUAACAAGCUAAUAGCAAGGUAAACAAAGAAGAGCGGCGAAGACCUUUUGUUUACAUUAUUUUGUCAUAUUAUAGUUUUAAAUGGAUUAAGUUUUUUGUUUGUUUGCUUUUUUAUUUAAUUUUGUAUUAAUUUUUUUUUUUUACAUCUGUGUUAAAUUUUAAUGAAAAAAAAACAUGAAUGAAGGUCUUUUUUUUAGUUCAUGACUGUCUACAACUUCAAAUUUCAAAUAUCACUGCUGUAUUUCAUUUUAUUACAUAUUUAAAUUUUUUUUAAGAAGAGCAACCUUUUAGCAGCUUUUGGUGUGUGAAAAAAGUGUGUAUUGUGGUUUGUUUUUCCAAAAUGGUUUGGAGGAAAUUUCAAUUUCAAGCAAAAAGAUGAUCAACUGAAAAGCAGGUUAUUGUGUGAUUGCAUUUUUUUACAUGCAAGGACAUGAUGUGCAAGGAUUAGAUUUAAACAUUUAAAUGCAAAGCCAAAAUGUCAACAGUCAGAUAAGCCAGAAUAAAAAUAAAACUGAUGACUAUAAAAAAAAGAGCUGGUUUGUGAAAAGCAUUGGAAAGCAGAGUUUUUAGUUGCCAUAAGCAGUAUACCAGUUAUAAAUACCUGUUUAGACCUUUUUAUCUGUUCUGCUCACUGAUUCUAAAUAAAUAUCCAAUGACAUGCUUUCUUAUUUUAUAACAAUGAAAAAUGUUAUAACUAGGAUUCAAACAAAUGAAUGAAGUACUGAUUUUGUACUUCCUUAAGUGACUUUUCAUUCAAAAUGUUCAUUUUAAAAAAAAGAAAGAAAAAGUGUGUAAGAAAAAUAAACCCUUGUUUUUUUCUGUUUUUAGUUUAUUAUUUAUUUUUUUUGUUGGUUAGAUUUUUUUUAAAGAAAAACG